AUGGUUGCACAAAAGCUUACCACAAGUGAUGCACUUGAAUACCUCAAGAAUGUGAAGGAUAAAGUACAAGAUAAACGUGAAAUAUAUGAUGAGUUUCUUGUCCUCAUGAAGGACUUCCAAGCUCAGAGAAUUGAUACUAGUGAUGUCAUAUCUAAAGUGAAAGUACUCUUCAAGGGGCAUCCAGACUUGAUUUUGGGUUUCAAUACAUUCUUGCCAAAGGGUUUCGAGAUAACCCUCCUACCCGAGGAUGACCAACCUCCACCGAAGAACAUAUUUGAGUUUUGGGAAGCUAUUAGUUUUGUAACCAAGAUCAAGGCAAGGUUUCCGCAAGAUGAUCGUCCAUUCAAAUCAUUUUUAGACGUUUUGAACUGCUAUAGAAAUGAAAACAAGUCGAUUACUAAGGUUUACGAGGAGGUGGCUAUCCUUUUCCGGGACCAUCCUGAUUUGUUUGAUGAGUUUACUCAUUUUCUGCCUCAAAUUUGA